AUGAAGACUACAGUCCAGGGCUUUUGGAGCCAUGCUCUUGUCAUUACCAUCUUUUUGAGUUGGGUUUCGGCAGACUUUUCGGCCAAUUCUUCGACAGCAUGCACUCUUGUCAACGGCGGCAUUGUCACACUCGGCGUCCACCUUGGUUUGACUCACAUUUCGGCCGCAUGCCUGAACUACGAUGGGAUCCCUGUUCCAGUGACGCGAAUUGAAGGCCACGAAGCAUACAAGGAGUAUAUGACUGACACUAUCGAGCAUGACGGGGUUCGCUUUCUCUAUGACGGCACCUACCAUAUGAAAGUCGAUGGUCAAACCCUCCCUGCUCCGCCAGAGAUCCAUAACGAUACGGACGUCGAAAGCAUCCUGAGAAACGGGCUUCGAAACAUUAUGGAAGCGGCCCAAAACCACCUGGACACCUCGGUGAAGAUCGAAGCAAUUGCACAUCCACAACAUUUCAACCGGACUUCCAGAAGAUCCAUCUAUCACGCUGAACAGGCAUUCAGCCCAGUUUUCCACGAACCACAGUAUGUACAUGCCUUCUUCACAAUGGCCGCCACUGCAUUCUCCAAUAACUACUGCACCGCACCCCGGAUUGGAGCGCCACCGGACGACGACCCUUGA